AUGGGCAGGUUUAGAAAUCUAAUAAGGUCCAAGAAAGAAGUGGAUUCAGAUGAAGAUAUUUCUUCAAUUCAAGAUACUGGAUCCCCAAAAAUUGAAUAUUCUAACGAUAAAAUUGAAAUACUACAAACAGAAUCUGCUAUCACUGAUCCUCAUGAUAUGAAAUCUUUAAAGAAAAAACAAUAUCAAUCUAAUGGAUUCGAUAUUCAUUCUAUUAGUGAUUCUUUAGCCCAUAGAGGUACCAAUAUCGAUGAAGACGAUACGGAAGAAGCUGAAGUACAUGAUACUCAAGUUAAACGUGCCUUGAAAGAACGUCAUACGAGUAUGAUUGCUCUUGGUGGUACUAUUGGUACUGGUUUAUUCGUCGGUAUCGCUACACCUUUGGCAUCUUCAGGUCCAGUAGGUUCAUUGAUUGCUUAUAUUUUUAUGGGUUCUAUCAUUUAUUUUGUUACACAAUCUCUAGGUGAAAUGGCGACUUUUAUCCCUGUUACUUCCUCGAUUACUGUAUUCUCAAAAAGAUUCUUAUCACCUGCAUUUGGUGUUGCAAACGGUUAUAUGUAUUGGUUUAAUUGGGCUAUUACUUACGCUGUAGAAGUCUCUGUUAUAGGUCAAGUUAUUGAAUAUUGGACUACUACAGUACCUUUGGGUGUAUGGAUUGCUAUCUUUUGGGUUCUAAUCACUUUAAUGAAUUUCUUCCCUGUGAGAGUUUAUGGUGAAAUUGAAUUUUGGGUGGCUGCUGUUAAAGUUGUUGCCAUUGUCGGUUAUUUAAUUUAUGCUUUAAUUAUUGUCUGUGGUGGUUCUCAUCAAGGUCCAAUUGGGUUCCGUUAUUGGAGAAAUCCAGGUCCUUGGGGUCCAGGUAUCAUUUCAGAUGAUAAAAAUGAAGCUAGAUUCCUUGGUUGGGUUGCAUCCCUAAUUAAUGCUGCUUUCACUUAUCAAGGUACUGAAUUGGUCGGUAUUACCGCUGGUGAAGCUGCUAAUCCAAGAAAGGCUGUGCCUCGUGCUAUCAACAAAGUCGUGUUUAGAAUUGUCUUAUUUUAUAUUAUGUCCUUAUUCUUCAUUGGUUUAUUGGUUCCAUACAACGAUCCACGUCUUGCUUCAGAUACUGCUGUUAUUGCCUCUUCCCCAUUCGUUAUCUCUAUCACUAACGCUGGUACAAGAGCUUUACCACAUAUUUUCAACGCUAUUGUUUUGAUCACCGUCAUGUCUGCCGCUAAUUCCAAUGUCUACGUUGGGUCUCGUGUCCUAUACGCCUUGGCUCAAACGGGUAAUGCCCCAAAGGUUUACUCUUACGUCACACGUUAUGGUGUUCCAUAUAUGGGUGUCUUAACCACUGCCGCUUUAGGUCUAUUAGCCUUCUUGGUCGUUAAUAACAAUGCUAACGUUGCCUUCAACUGGUUGGUUAACAUUUCCACAUUGGCUGGGUUAUGUGCUUGGGUAUUCAUCUCUUUAUCUCAUAUCAGAUUCAUGGCUGCAUUGAGGUACCGUGGUAUCUCUAGAGAUGAUUUGCCAUUCAAAGCUAAAUUCAUGCCUUGGGGUGCAUAUUACGCUACUUUCUUUGUCACUGUCAUUAUUUUCAUUCAAGGUUUCCAAGCCUUCUCACCAACAUUCAAAGUUGCUGAUUUCUUUACCUCAUAUAUCUCGUUGAUUAUUUUAGUUGUAUUGUUUUCAGGUUGUCAACUAUACUAUAGGUGUAGAUUCUUCUGGAAGGUUGAAGAUAUCGAUAUCGACACCGACAGAAGAGAAAUUGAAGCCAUUGUCUGGGAAGACGAUGAACCAAAGACUGCUUGGGACAAGUUUUGGGCAGCAGUCGCAUAA